GCAGCACCUGCUGUAAUCCAGAGAUGAGGGCGCCAACCGCCGCAGAGGGAUCCACCAUCACAAGAUUCUGGAAUUGUGGGAUCGCCUGUGCGGGCGGGCGGCAUUGCCGUUGCAUCACGAUUCAGCGAGAUCUGCUGACAGAGAUCUGAGGAAGUACGCUAGAUCUGGCUGCGGGGUUGCUUGACUAUUCUUUUCUUUUCCAGUUUGUGUUUCAUUCUGUGAUUUCUUUUUCAGACUGUCCCGGUACUCAAUCGGAAGAUGCAGGGAAAUCCGAUGCGUGCCAAGGUUGCCCCAAUCAGCAAAUUUGUGCUACUGCUCCCAAAGGCCCUGACCCAGAUUUGGUAGCAAUAGUAGAAAGAAUGGCAACAGUGAAGCACAAGAUACUUGUUUUAUCAGGAAAGGGUGGGGUCGGAAAGAGCACAUUCUCUGCCCAGCUUGCAUUCACACUAUCUGCCAUGGAUUUCCAAGUUGGUCUCCUUGAUAUUGAUAUCUGCGGUCCAAGUAUACCUAAGAUGCUCGGUCUAGAAGGUCAAGAGAUUCACCAGAGCAACCUUGGAUGGUCCCCUGUCUAUGUUGAGUCCAACCUUGGUGUCAUGUCAAUUGGAUUCAUGCUCCCUGACCCUGAUGAGGCCGUCAUAUGGAGGGGGCCACGCAAGAAUGGUUUAAUCAAACAGUUCCUAAAGGAUGUUUAUUGGGGCGAUCUUGAUUUUCUUGUGGUUGACGCCCCACCUGGGACGUCGGAUGAGCACAUCUCCAUAGUCCAAUUCCUCCAGUCAACAGGAAUAGAUGGGGCCCUCAUCGUCACUACCCCACAACAAGUGUCUCUCAUAGACGUAAGGAAGGAAAUAAGCUUUUGCAAGAAAGUUGGGCUACUCGUUCUUGGAGUUGUUGAGAACAUGAGCGGUCUUUGCCAGCCGUUAUCAGAGUUUAAAUUCAUGAGGAUUACUGAAAGUGAGGAGCAGGUGGAUAUUACGGAUUUGGUCAUGGAAUGUAUGAGGGAGAAGGUGCCGGAAAUGCUGAAUGUGUUUGCUUAUAGCGAAGUGUUUGACACUAGCCGGGGUGGGGCCGCUGCAAUGUGCAGUGAUAUGGGUGUUCCGUUUCUUGGUGCCGUACCUUUGGAUCCCCAACUCGGUAAGGCAGCUGAGGAAGGGAGAUCUUGUUUUACGGAUAACAAGUGUCCAGCAAGCGCCCCUGCAAUUAAGUUGAUUGUGGAGAAGUUGGUAGAGAGAAUGAUAUCAAGAAGAUAGGAGAAUGGAGUUUAGCUCUUUUUUGUUCCGGUUUUUGCUCAGUUGACGGCCCUGUUUGUUUUUGGGGGGAUUUGGAGCAAACCGCUGCAAAAUGCAGCGUUUUCAUUUGAAAAAAACGGCGGAUUGAAGCCAAUACGCUAUUAACCAAACGUAGGUGGACGUCUCCUUCCAAUCCUUUGCCUGUGUGGGGUUGCAGUUACUCCUUCUUUUUGAGUUUUAUUGCUUAUUCUCAAAUAGAAGGUUCAGUUUGUAUUCAUGAAUGAAAUAAUUAUAUAUAUGUGACUAAAAUAUGGCUCAAGUGUAAUGACUAUAGUAGUAACUUAGUCCAUGUAACUUAUAUUCAAUUUUUACAUAUAAGUGGCUAUGAGAUUAUAUUAUAGUUCAGUAGAGCGG